AUGGAGCUGGAGCGAAACUGCACGCUGUACAUUUACAGCAGUCGAGGGGACCCUCCCUCGACUGCGGAGUUGCAGAAAAAGAUCGAAAGCCCCAACGAGGCGACAAAGGCGGAGGGCAUGCAAGAUCUCAUCGUCGGCAUGACGCAGGGGGAGGCGUACACUCGGCUGCUGAUGACGGUUAUUCGCUACGCGAUGCCCAGCAAGGACAAGCAGGUCAAAAAACUCACGCAACUCUAUCUCGAGAUCGUCGGCAAAUGCAGGCCGGAUGGAUCCCUCAAAGAGGAAAUGAUUCUCGUCUGCAACGCGCUGAGAAACGAUCUGAUGUCUCCGAAUGAGUACGUCCGGGGUUCGACGUUGCGCCUGCUGUCGAAGAUUCGGCAGUUCAAAGUUCUGGAGCCUCUCAUUGAGGCGAUGCUCCAAAAUCUGACCCAUCGCCACAGCUACGUCCGCCGUAACGCCGUUAUGUGCGUUUACUCGAUCGUCAAGAAUUUCGGACUUGAUGCAAUCCCCGCAGCCAUCGAUCAGGUGGAGCAACUGCUUCUCACGGAAAGCGACUUGACGACGAAACGAAACGCCUUCCUCGUGCUGGUGCACUGCGCCAGCAAGCGCGCAAUUCAAUUCAUUCUUCAGCAGCGGUCUGAAGACGGGACAGGCGGCCUCGGCUUCCUCCUCAGCUCUGGAGAUCUCUUCCAGUUGGCGCUUCUUGAACUCCUCAGAAAAGUCUGCCGACAGAAACAGCAACAAAAAGCGGGUCUUCUGCGGCUGAUUAUUUCGAUUCUUCCGAGUGCGCUGCCGUCUGUGGCGUACGAAGGCGCGUGUUCUCUCUUGGCGCUCUCGCGGUCGCCUGUCUCGCUGAAGGCGGCUGCUAGCGCCUUCUCCUCGCUCCUGUGCGGGAACAGCGACAACAACGUGAAACUGAUUGUUUUGGAUCGACUGCAAGAAUGUGUCCAGCGGGCGACACGGAGAACGAUGGAAGAAUUCGUCAUCGAUCUCCUGAGAGGUUUGCAAACGCCGUCGUUGGAAGUCCGGCGAAAGACUCUGGACCUCGUUUUGCAGAUUGUGGGCAGAAACUCGAUUGAGCAACUCGUGAAUGUGUUGAAGCGCGAAUUGCUCCGAACAGCGGAGCCCGAGCAGCUGACUGUCCCCAAGACGAUGGAGUAUCGGAGACUCCUCAUCAAAGCAGUGCACUCGUGUUGCAACCGCUUCCCUGACGCGGCGGCGUCGGUGGUGAACGUUUUGAUCGAUUUCUUGAGCGACGUAGACGUCACAACUGCCACAGAGGUAGCUGUGGUCAUUCGCGAACUCGUCGCGACUUGCGCAGAUCUUCGCUCACGCAUCAUCUCGCGCGUCGUCGACGCCUUCCCCGACCUCGCGCACCCGAGAGUCCUGCGUGUGUCGCUGUGGAUCCUCGGCGAGUACUGUGAAGACUCGGAACUUCUCGACGCCUUCCUCACUGCCGUCUACACCGCGUGCGCGCCGCUCCCCUUCACGUCAGGCGAGACGCCGGGCGCCGAAGGCGAGCAUCGCAGUGGAGGUUCGCAACCGAAACUGAAACUGACCACGCGAACUGUCGUGCUCGAAGAUGGGACUUACGGCACUGAGGACGUCUACGAAACUGUAAACGACAAAGGAGAGAGCUCGGUCAAAGCGGGAAAGUCAGCUCUGCGGAAGUUCAUUCUUGGUGGAGAUUUCCUGCUCGCGUCGACGGUGGCUGUGACGUGCACGAAACUGAUUCUCAAGACGAGCGACGAAGUGCAUGCGCAGCUGGUGGAGGAAUUCGAGAGACACCGCGAAGCAGUUCUUCGGAAGAAGGCCGAGACGCACGCCAAUCAGCCAAACGGCGACGCGCCGUGUCUCUGCGAUGGCGAGCAGCGAGACCAGGCAGACGAACGCGGCGAGGACAGAGCCAUGCCCGUCAAACUCCGAGCUUCCACGGAACAGAAGACUCGGGUUCUGUACCUCGUGGCGUGUCUGCUCAAGUUCCUCCGCCACUCUUCGUCAGGUGCGGGAGCGCACUCCGACGCGGCAAUUCGCGUUGGCCAGAGUCUCCGUGCUCUCUGCGGGCUGAUGACCGGCGUCGAGAAAGAGAAGGCCUUUGUGCGGCACUGGAUCCACAACGGAAGAUUUGCCCUCGAGCACGUCCUGGCGCUAGGCCCGCAGAGCGACGAUCCAUUCACGUGGAGUCUCCUCAAAGACGCUGGAGAAGACGAGCAGGCAGUGUCGGCGCCUGACGACCUCGCGUUCUUCCGGCAACUGCGCCCAGACCGCCAAUCUCUUCUCCUGGCGUCGGACGGCGCCCAAGGCGCGUCGCUGGGAGAAGGAGACAGCCUCGAAGAGGACGAAGUGUACUACUCUGCAGGCGCGCACGCUGCGCGAGGCGCCGGCGAACUCGAUGAGGUCGACGAGACAGAAGCCGAUCUCCAGCUGACCGUCGGAGGCGGGAAAAACAACUCUGCCUCCGUCUUCGCCGGGGCCAAGGACGAGGCUGCACUCUUCCAACAGAGACUCGCCAAAGUGCAACCCAUCACAGGACAAGCAGACCCGUUGUAUGUCGAGGCCUUUCUGCAAGUGAAUCAGUUCGAUCUCCUCGUCGAGAUGCUCGUUGUGAACCGCACUCAAGACACUCUGCAGAACGUCACUGUGGAGCUCUCGACCCACGGCGAUCUGAAGCUCGUCGACCGGCCGACUCCAGUAUCCCUCGCGCCGGGACAGCAGGCGGUGCUGCAUGCGCCGAUCAAAGUUCGCAGCACGGAGGCGGGCAUCAUUUUGGGCUACGUCACCUUUGGUCGGCGCGGGUCUUCCGAGAAGGAGUGUCUCGUGUUGAACGAGUUGCACAUCGAUCUCUUGGACUACAUCGAGAGAAGGUGGACAGGCGAGCUCGCGUUCCGGUCCAUGUGGGCCGAGUUCGAAUGGGAAAACAAAAUCCACGUCAACACUUCUUUCACGGACGUCUCGGAUUUCCUCGAGCACCUGAUGAAAAUGACAAAUCUCACAGUUGUGGGUUUCCGCCCGCCGGCGAACGUGCUGCGUCGCCUGAGAAGCUCAGCUGCGACCAGUGCGUUGGCCGAGGGCGACAGGGCAUCAGGAGACGGAGACGAAGAAGACGAAGACCGUUACUUGCAGUCCGUGAGGAAGAUUCCCACCCUGCGGAAACUGUCGGAAAGCUCGUCCUUCUUCGCCAUCAAUCUCUACUCCAGAAGCAUCUUCGGCGAAGAUGCGCUGGUGAACGUGAGCAUCGAGAAGCUGCCUGGAGGCAAACUGGCAGGGAGCAUCCGCAUCCGCAGUCGCACUCAGGGUAUCGCUCUCAGUCUCGGAGAUCGCAUUACAGUUGUUCAGCGCGGUCUCGCCAAGUAA